CUAGUUCCUAACCCACAGGUACUAUACUUUCCCGAUCGUGGAUCUCAAUAAUUUGUAUCCGUAACCAAAACAGGGCCAUGGACUCACCUCCCCACCACAAAUCCGGCCACCACCACCAGCCUAAAUCCUCCUCCGAGCUCUUUUCCAGCGCCAAGGUCCUGGCCGAGGCGGCCCAGGCCACCUUCAGCCACGGAUCCGUCAACAAGGCCAAGGCAGCCGGCGCGGCCUCCGAUCUUCUCGACGCCGCCUGCCAGUACGGUAAGCUGGAGGACGGGAAAUUCGGCCAGUACUUCGAGAAAGCCGAGACUUAUCUCCACCAGUACCAGUCUCCCGGUCACUCCUCCGCUGCCGCACACGGCGGCGGAAAAACCAACGCCGCCGCACACGGCGGUGGAAGCGGUUACGGAGAAUCCGAUGGUGGGUAUGACGAGUACCAGUCCUCCGAUCACUCCACCGCCGCACACGGCGGCGCCAAAACGAACGCCGCCGCACACGGCGGCGGAAGCGGUUACGGAGAAUCUGAUGGUGGGUAUGGCGGGUACCAGUCGUCGGAUCACUCUGCUGCCUACGGCGGCGGUAAAACCACGCAUUCAUCGUCGCAAUCGGGCGGUGGUUACGGCCAAUCUGAAGGUGAGUACGGCGGGUACCAGUCUUCGGAUCACUCUGCUGCCUACGGCGGCGGUAAAACCACGCAUUCAUCGUCGCAUUCGGCCGGUGGGUACGGCCAGUACCAGUCAUCCGAGCACUCCGCCUCCUACGGCGGCGGUAAAACCACACAUUCAUCGUCGCAUUCGGGCGGUGGUUACGGGAAAUCUGAAGGUGGGUAUGGCGAGCACCAGUACCAGUCAUCCGAAAAUUCCUCUGCCGCCGUGCACGGCGGAGGAACCACCGGGCAUUCAUCGGAGCAUUCGGGUGGCGGUUAUGGGCAAUCGGAAGGUGGGUAUGGGGAGUAUUUUAAGAUGGCUGAAGGGUUCUUAAAGAACAGUGGUGGCACGCAUUCGUCGUCGCAUUCGGGCGGCGGUCACGGGCAGUCGGAAGGUGGGUACGGAGAGUACAUUAAGAUGGCUGAAGGGUUAAUGAAGCACAGCAGCGGCGGUGGUCACGGUGAAUCUGGAGGUGGGGGAUAUGGUGAGUACUUUAAGAUGGCUGAAGGGUUCUUGAAGAAGUAGUGAUAAUUGCCCAGUUUAUUAGGUUUGGAUCUUGUGUUAAAACUGUUUGUGGGUGUUUAUGUAUGUUUCUAAUUUCUAUUUGUGUGUGAGUGUUUAAACCGUGAAUAAUUGGAUCUAUUCACACAUGAAAACCCCCAUGAAUAUCUGGUAUUUAAAUUGUAGAAUAUGUGGCAGACUAGUGGCAGUAGAAUCGAGGCUGUGUGCUAAAACCUUGUUAUUUCACACUGUAGUGGUGUAUUUAUUGUGGUUGUGUUGUGGUAGAGAUGUUCAAUUACUAAUCUUUUGUCAGAAA